UCCUGAAAAUUUAGCUUAUAUUCUCGUGUCCAACAUUAUUUUGAGAAGUUCAUACAACAACCCAUAAACAAUAUAUGAAACAGUGAUUAACAACCUUCAGACAUAUUGGUCAACAAACGCUAUACAAGUAAAAGGCUUGCACAGAGCUUUUCUGAAAAAAUUUAUGACAAUUUUCCUUAAGCUUGUCUUAUAUAGCUUAUAAAGAAAGCUUUUAAAAUUUAACAAAGGUCAUUUAACAUUAAUAGCCUCCACUUUUGACAAUGAAGCCUGACAAAAGAUGAGGCUGCAAAGGACACUAUAUUUAUAGUGGUAGCCUUUAGAAUCGUUUCUCAUGUUGGGCUUGCAGUCAGAUAAAGGGAAGUUAAAUUGUAUCAACAACAGAAAUUGUUGCUGAGGAAGAUGAUAUAUUUAUAGCAAAUUCAAAGUGAAACAGGAAAGAAGUUACUUUCAUCAUAAAGAAUAUGGAUGACUUCUGCCAUGUGGAAAUGGUUGAAUAUGAAAGUCCAGUGCAAGUCAGUGAACGUACUCAACCAUUGGAUGAAGGAAGAUGGAGAACAAUGAUAGACCAAGAUGGCAGAAUUAUAAACGAAAAUAAAGUACGCAAAGAAAUAUUUAAAGGUGGAAUAAACAGCAAAAUAAGAGCAGAUGUUUGGAGAUUCUUGUUUGGUUUAUAUCCAUUUUUAUCUACUGAUAGGGAACGAGAAGCUCUAUCAGCUGAAAACUAUGCACGAUACAGAGCUUAUAAAAUGAGAUGGAAAGAGAUGGUCAAGACACUUACUGGUGAUAAUAGCCAUGACAAUGCUUCAAACAUGCCUGUUUAUGUUAGAGAAUGUCGACAGCAUGAAAAAUUCAAAUCAAGCGAAUCAUUGGCACCUUCAUUAAGAGACGACAUUGAUGAAAAUCAGCUUGUAUUUUUGAAUAUAACUGCWCAGGUGAAUGCCAGCAGAGAACCAAUUGAUUUAGCCGCACUUGCCAAAGCUAUCAAGAGCAUAGACAAAGAUGUCCCUCGUACUGACAGAGGUCACCCAUAUUUCAAUGGUGUUGGAAAUCAAAAUUUACUUGUUUUGAGAGACAUCCUUAUAACUUAUGCCGCAUAUCAUAAAGAUGUUGGAUAUGCACAAGGCAUGAAUGAUAUUUUGAGUAGAUUUUUAGUUGUCCUGAGUUCAGAAGCUGAGGCAUAUUACUGUUUUGUGAAUUAUAUGGAUACUGUCAAGGUGGAUUUCUUAGAGUCAGGAAUGAUGAACAAAAUAGAACUUAUACGAAAAUUAUUAAAAUGCAUGGAUGCACAAUUGUCUCACCAUUUUACAGCUCAUUCCAUGGGUGAUCUAUUGUUUGUUCACAGGUGGCUUAUUCUUGGUUUUAAGAGAGAGUUCUCUUUCGACGACUCACUCAAGCUAUUUGAAAUAUUAAGCAGUCAGCAUUUAGAGCUUCAUUCACUAGAAGCCGUAAAAGAACGAGAAAAGCAAAGAUAUAAAGUUAGAGAAAAAGAAGGUGGUGAAUAUGACACUGAGUUAGUUGGCUUGAAUGAGGAGUUUACAUUUGAUCUAUUCGUGUGUUUGGCAAUUCUCAAAGAGUACCGACAAAUGUUCUUCAAGUGUACUGAUGUGUCCKUGGUAUACAACGUGAUUAACAGUUUAUCAAUGAAGAUGGACCUGAAUACAAUUUUAGUCAAAGCCGAGGAACUAUUUUUACGAUACUGUCGUAAAUCAGUUGUGGACUGUUUUGAGAUUGUCAACGACUAGUUUGUAAGAUAAACAGAAAAGGUUUAGAUAAUGAUGUAAAAUURARCUAUUUGUUUUUA